GGGCUCGCGGUCCUGGGUGCAGGUCCCGCCAUCCCCGGGCCCUUCCCCUGCUGCCGCUCUGCCUUCUGCUCCAUGGGAAUCAGUAGGAUCCAAUGGAUCUGGGGCGGCUUGAAUACCUGCAGGCGCUUGUCACUGAGUUUCAAGUGACGGAGAGUUCAGAAGCCAAGGAACAAGUACUGGCUAAUUUAGCCAACUUUGCCUAUGAUCCCAAGAAUUAUGAAUAUCUCCGGCAGCUUCAAGUCCUUGACUUGUUCCUGGAUGCGCUCACGGAGGACAAGGAGACUCUUGUGGAGUUUGCAAUUGGUGGUCUUUGUAACCUCUGCCUGGAUAAAACCAACAAGGACUAUAUCUUGGAGGCCAAUGGGGUGCAGCCCAUCAUAAACUGCUUAUCCAGUUCGAAUGAGGAGACAGUGAUGUCGGCAGUCACUACGCUGAUGUACCUGACCACGCCACAGUCUCGCCCAGAGAUCACGGCUCUCCCCGUGGUGGAGUGCAUGUUGCGUUUCUCCCUUUCUGCCAACAGGAGGUUGAGCAAUCUGGCAGUGGUCUUCCUCGAGGAUUACUGUGCACCUGUGCAGGUCGAGGAGGCCAGGAGCCUAAGCAAACACACUGCGGUAGGGAUCCCCCUCCCAAAGGACUGAAGCAGGACAGAGCAAAGCAAGCAGCUUGGGGUAGCAACUGAGAGAGCUGGCCCUGUCUUCAGAGCCUGCCUACAGCUGCUGGGCACAGACCAGAGGGAAGAAACUAAGUAGAAGGGGCAAAAACCAUUCAGAUGGAAGUAGCUUUGUUUGGAAAGAGGUAGGGAGGGAGCUGGGCUGCAAGAGCAAAUAUUUAAUAUAAAGCAGGUCAUGUCUGGUAGAGGGUAAGCUGCCAAAUAAGCUCUGACCAGCAAAUUAGAUCAUUAAAAUGCCAAUGCUGUUAAA